ACAACAAACUUAGCAUUUUAACUGACAAUCAAAAAUACCAACUGGUCAACGGUCUCAUUCGUGCAUACUCAUAUGUUCCUGCGUUAUUGGUAAACAGAGGCAGGGCGAAAGCUUUUGAUUUAGUAAUAUCCCAAGAACGGGAUAUACUAUACUUUGUUACAGUACAAGAGCCAACAAUUGAUUUAAGUGACCCAAUUGACUAUGACACGGCAGUAAACAACAGACAUACGCUGAUACAUAAUAUAUUCCACCAUGUUCUACAUCGUCAAAUGAAUGACACCCGAAUGUGCAAGAAUGGCGAAAGCACAAAAUGCAAAUUGCUCGGGAUAAUAACGCGUGCAUUAAAUCCUGGGUUUAGAUAUACACAAGGAUGUAAUGAAGUAUUAAAUUGCAUUAUAGUGUUUGAGGGGACGAUUACGGCAGACGGCGUUUUGCCAACCUACGAGACACGAAUGGAGUAUUAUGUAGAUCUGCUACUUCCGUCAGGAUUGUAUAAAACAGAACUGGAGAGAGUUACAGAUUUAAUCUAA